UUCUAACUUUGAUCAAAUUGAUAACUAAGUUGUUAUCAAAAUGAUAAUUCCUACACUAAUCACAUUGAUUAUUACUUGAUCUACAAUUAUUGUAUUUGGCCACAACUGUAUUUCCUCCAUUUCCAUCGCCGGACUCUCUCUAAAUCCUCAAAGGUCAAAAUUGCAGUCAAAAUUGCAAUACCUACUUUCAAUCGUCUUCUCUCGGCGGUGUUUGAAUCACUCCGUAGCUGUAAAUGGACGGCAACAAUUGGCGGACAGCGCAAGGGCAAGUUCAGAUGCCCGGUCAGGUAAUCGGCGUCGAAGCAGUGACCUCCGGCGGUAUGGAAGGCGGCGAUUGGAGGACUCAGCUGCAGCAGGACUCCAGACAGAGGAUUGUAAACAAGAUAAUGGAGACAUUGAAAAGGCAUCUUCCUUUCUCUGGACAAGAGGGACUGCAGGAACUCAAGAAAAUAGCCGUCAGAUUUGAGGAAAAAAUAUAUACUGCGGCAACUAGCCAGUCAGAUUAUUUAAGAAAAAUAUCUCUGAAAAUGUUGACAAUGGAGACGAAAUCUCAGAAUCCUAUGGCGAAUUCUCUUCAGCCUAAUGCUGCAAGUAAUAGCAAAAAUCCCCAAGAUCCUGUUGCGCAAAGCAUGCAGUCCCAAAUGCAAAAUCAGGUUCAGCAAUUACCAAUCCCAAUGGUCUCCAAUCAAUCUCGGCAACAGAUUUUAUCCCAAAAUAUCCAGAAUAACAUCCCAUCAACUGGAGUGUCGAACUCUGCUGGUUUGACUCCCUCAAUGCACCCUGUUGGUGGCAUGUCCCAGGGUACCAUGCCCAAUGUUUCUGUUCAGAAUCCUAACAUGCAAAACAUGUCUAAUGUUUCUGUCCAGAAUCCUAACAUGCAAAACAUGUCUAAUGUAACUCCCAAUGCGGUAGUGAAUUCAAUGGGGCAAGGUGUGCCUGCUAAUAUGUAUGCAAACUCUCAGAGACAAAUUCCAGGUAGGCAGCAGCAGGUCGUUUCUCAGGAUGCUCAACAGCAGUCUCAGAAUUCACAGCAAUAUCUUUACAAUCAGCAGCUACAACAACAAUUUUUGAAGCAAAAAUAUGGGCAGGGAGGUGUGCAGCAGUCUAUGAUUCAAUCUCAGAUGCAGCUACAGCAGCAACAGCAGAACCAAAACCAAUUGCAGCCGAAUCAGCUCAUGUCCUCUCAGCCGGCAGUUAUGCAAUCUUCUUUGAGGCAAGCAUCAGCUUCGUCAACACUUCAAAAUCAACAGACAACUCUUCAGCAAUCAACUCAAUCUAUGCUUCAACAGCAACCACAACCAAUCCCCAGGCAACAGCAGCAACAACAACCUGCCGUCAUGCAUCAGCAGCAAAGUUCUAUGUCUCAGCACCCAAUGGUGUCCAGUCAGCCGCAGCUUAGUGCGCAGCAGCCAAGUACUGCAAACAUACAACAAAAUCAGAUGAUUGCCCAACAGAAUAACAUGCUCGACACACAGCAUCAACAUCAGCAACAGCAGCAGCAAAGGAUCAUGGCUCAGCAGAACAACAUCUCCAACAUGCAGCAGCAUCAGUCAAUCAAUCAACAAAAUAACCUUCCAAACAUGCAUCAACAGCAGUCAACUGGUCAGCAGAAUAACCUCCCAAAUAUGCAUCAGCAACAAACAGGUGGUCAAACAAAUAUUUCGGGUUUCCAACAGCAGCAAAUGGGUGGAAUUCAACAUGGUAAUUCCAGCUUACAAUCAAAUCAGCAAUCUGUUCAUAUGCUACAGCAAUCCAAGGUUGCAGUUCAGCAGCAAAUGCAGCAGAAUAUGACAAACAUGUUGCCUAACCAAACUCAACAAUCCCAGUCACAGCCAAUGCAGCAGCAGUUGAUGUCACAGAUCCAAUCACAGCCAGGGCAGCUGCAACAACAAAUGGGUUUGCAACAACAGUCAAAUACAUUACCAAGAGACAUGCAACAAAGAAUUCAAUCAUCUGGUCCCAUGCUUCAACAGCAAACCACAAUCGAUCAGCAGAAACAGUUGUUGCAAUCUUCAAGAGUUAUGCCAGAGGUGCCAUUGACAUCUUUAGAUUCCUCCUCACAGACUGGGAAUGCAACUGGAGGGGAUUGGCAAGAGGAAAUUUAUCAAAAGAUUAAAUCCAUGCAUGAGAUGUAUUACCCUGAACUGAAUGAGAUGUACCAGCGAAUGGCUGCCAAGCUGCAACAGCAUGAUUCUCAUCCUCAACAGCCAAAGAACGAGCAACUUGAAAAACUAAGAUUUCUUAAGCUUAUGUUGGAACGGCUAAUUAUGUUUCUGCGGACAAAUAAGAAUGACAUUCAGCCCAGUCACAAGGAGAAGAUUGUGGGAGUUGAAAAGCAGAUUGUGAAUAUUCUCAACUCAAAUAGACCUAGAAAGCAUGUUCCUGCAAUGCAAGGGCAGCUCACCCAGCCUCACAUGCCUGCCUUGCAACAGCCGCAGCAACAACAGCCUCAAAUGCUCUCGAAUGAUGGUCAAAUGAAUUCUCAGAUGCAAACAAUGAAUAUACAGGGUACUGUAAUGCCCACACAGCAGAAUAAUUUUACCAGUUUGCAGCAUAAUACCUUAUCCUCCAGCUCCGGUGUUUCGAAUUCUCGUCAGAGUAUACUGGAUGGACUGCAGCCUAGUUCAAAUACUGAUCCUGGGCAGGGAAAUUCACUUAACCAAAUGCAGCAGCAAGGAGCUAUGAACCCUAUACAACAAAAUUCGGUGGGUGGCUCUCAGCAGAUGGCUAGCUCUAUAUCUUCACAAAAUGGGCUGACAUCGCUCCAGUCAAAUGUUUCCUUGCAAUCAAAUUCAAAUAUUCUUCAACCACAGCAAAUAAAACAGGAGCAGCCAAUAUUUUCGACCCAGCAACUAAAGCAUUACCAGCAAAGGCAGAUGCAGCAACAAUAUUUGCAAAGACAACAAUUAAUCCAGCAGCAGCAGCAGCAAACUUCUCAGCAGCAAUCGGGACAGCUGCCUGGACAGCAAAUGAUGCAACUUAAUCAAAUGAAUGACACAAAUGAUAUAAAGAUGAGACACCAGAUGGGUGCAAAAUCUGGAGUUCUUCAACAGCCUAACUCUUCUGGCCAACGAACUUCAUUUCAUCACCAACAAAUGAAGUCUGGAACGCCUUUCUCCAUGUCUUCACAGAAUGCUCUUCAGGCAGCAUCCCCACCGAUUGGUCAUCAUUCUUCUCCACAAAUUGACCAGCAAAAUAUUCUGACUUCACAUAACAAGGCUGGAACUCCCUUGCAAUCUGCAAACUCACCAUUUGUUGCCCCAUCUCCUUCAACUUCCAUGGCUCCAUCACCAAUGCCAGGGGACUCAGAGAAAAUGAAUUCUGGUAUGUCAUCAAUCUCAAAUGCUGUAAAUGGCAUGCAUCAUCCAACCACUACAGUGUCAAUGCCAAACCAGUCCCUUGCUAUCGGAACUCCAGGGAUAUCAGCGUCGCCUUUACUUGCAGAAUUCCACAGUCCUGAUGUGACUCAUGGUGUUGUGCCAACCAUUGUUUCUGGAAAUUCUAAUGUAGUUGAACAGCCAGUUGAACGGCUAAUAAAAGUGGUGAAGUCCAUCUCUCCGAAAGCUUUAAGUGCCUCUGUUAGUGACAUUAGCUCUGUAGUCAGUAUGGUCGACAGAAUUGCGGGAUCUGCUCCGGGUAAUGGAUCACGUGCUGCUGUAGGUGAAGAUUUGGUUGCUAUGACUAAAUGCCGCUUGCAGGCCAGAAAUUUCUUCACUCAAGAUGGACCUAGUGGUACCAAGAAAAUGAGACGUUAUACUAGUGCAAUGCCAUGUAAUGUUGUUUCAUCUAGUGGGAGUGUCAAUGAUAGCAUCAGGUAUUUAAAUGGUAAUGAAUCUGAUGGAGAAUCCACUGGAGCAUCGAAAGCCAAAAGCCCUAAAAUUGAGGCUAACCAUGCACUUGAAGAAGAGUUGCGAGACAUAAAUCAAAGACUUAUAGACACUGUCGUCUAUAUCAGUGAAGAUGAUGUUGAUCCAACAGCAGUUGCUGCUGCUUCUGAGGGUGGAGAAGGAACUAUUGUGAAGUGCUCUUUCAGCGCUGUGGCUCUUAGCCCAAAUCUGAAGUCACAAUAUGCUUCUGCCCAAAUGUCUCCAAUUCAACCUCUAAGAUUGCUGGUUCCAAACAAUUAUCCAAAUUGCUCUCCUAUACUUCUGGACAAGUUUCCAGCUGAAAUCAGGCUUCUCACUGUGAAAAUGGGCACAUUAAAAACCUUCUCUCGCUUCAUCCACAGUAAGGAAUAUGAAGAUCUCUCCAUAAAGGCCAAAUCAAGAUUUAGCAUUUCUCUGCGCAGUCUUGCACAGCCAAUGUCACUUGAGGAGAUAGCCAGAACUUGGGAUAAUUGUGCUCGCGCUGUUAUUUCUGAAUACGCCCAGCAAAGUGGCGGUGGGACCUUCAGCUCAAAAUACGGAACAUGGGAGAACUGCCUCAGUGCAGCCUGAAUGAGUGAAACAUUGAGCUUGACAAAUAAGAGACUUGCUAUGUCAAAUGUAACUUCUGCAAACUCUUGAGAUGUGGGUUUGCAAGCUUCUGUAAAGAGAUUGUCGAAAAUCGUGUGUCACAAAUUAUGUAUGAGAAGUUGUGUAUUUUAUGCGAUGUAUAUUAAUGUCUUAAUCUAUCUUAGCUAUAAAUGAUUUUAAUGGGA